CCAGCUAACCCCAAGCCUUCUCCGGCUAUAAGAACCAGCCAGCCCUCUACCGGCCAACACACAGCAGAGCAGAUCGAGCGCAUCCAUUUCAGCUGGAAUGGAUCAUCGCGUUACCGAUGAUGAGCAUCAACACGGCCAUGGCGACAGUGGCGGCGAUGCGGCGGAGUGGAAGAAGGUGGCGGAGCUGAGGGCCGUCGCCGAGGCCCAGGACCCCGCUGCCAAGGAGGAGGACGAUUUCGUGCUGGGCCGGUUCCUGCGUGCUCGGGACUACAACAUUGGCAAGGCGUCGAUGAUGCUCCUCCAGUACCUCGCCUGGAAGCGCGUCGCCAAGCCACAUGGCUCCAUCUCCGGCGAGGAGGUGCGCGACGAGAUCGCAAAGAAGAGGGUCGACAUGCAGGGCUUCGAUCGUCUUGGUCGCCCCAUGGCGUAUAUCUAUGGCGCACGCCACUUUCCCUCCCGACGAGACCUCGACGGAUUCAAGCGCUAUGUAGCCUAUGUCCUCGACAAAAUCUGCACCAGGUUGCCGGUGGGGCAGGAGAAGUUUUCGGCGGUGAUAGACUUGAGAGGGUGGGGAUAUGCAAACUGCGACAUCCGAGGCUAUGUGGCAGCACUGGACAUCAUGCAGAGCUAUUACCCAGAGCGGUUGGGGCGUGUGUUCCUUAUCCACGUGCCCUACAUGUUCAUGGCCGCAUGGAAGAUGGUGUACCCCUUUAUCGAUGACAAGACAAAGAAGAAGUUUGUGUUUGUUGCUGAUAAGGACCUCGAUGCCACGCUAAGGGACGCCAUUGACGAGUCCCAACUCCCUGAGGCAUACGGCGGCAAACUCAAGCUAUAGGGAUACAAUAGAUCAAUGUUGUGCAAGUCCAUCUGACUAUCGAACAAUUAAGAUACCCAAUUAAGGGUGCCCUGAAAUAGCCCUCGGUGGAGCCUAGCUAGAUGGGAGAAGCGACAAUCCUUUCAAUGGCGGGACAUCGACUCACCGCAGUCUAGACAUAAAUGCCAUAUGAGGCUAUGCAGUGUUUUGCUAUGAGUGAAUCCUACAUAAAUAAUUCAGAUGAAUUUCAUA